ACGCGGUUUGUAGUUUGUUUUGUGUCUGUCUGUCCUGGGUCUUCUGUCUUUUCCGUUCGCAAAUUUCUCGUUCUCUCACCCUUUUCGUUUGUGAGUCAUACAGACUAACUCCCAACUGAGCAAAUGGCCGACCGAGUCCACCCCCGCGCCUCACCCCCAUCAGAGGCCGGCCACGACGAUAAUUUCUCCAGAAGCUCCGAGACUACGCUUAAACCCGUCUCUCCGGAUUCGGGUAAACCACUCCCUCAGCCUGGAACUUACGUCAUCCACAUCCCCAAGGACCAAGUCUACCGCGUCCCUCCACCGGAGAACGCUAGCCGCUACAAGCAUCUCGCUCGCCGCAGCAAGCGCCGCCGGCCCUGUUGCCUCUGCCUUUGCUGGUCCUUCGCCCUCUUCGCCAUUUUCCUGGUCCUCUCCGCCGUCGCCGCUGGCAUCUUCUACCUUGUCUUCAAGCCCGAAUCACCGAACUACUCGGUCAAGGCAAUCAUCAUCCGCGGCCUCAACCUAACAGCGAUAACGACGUCGUCUUCGUCUGUCCAAACGGUCUCGCCAGAGUUUGAUAUCACCAUCAGAUCCGACAACCCCAACGACAAGAUUGGGAUCUACUACCAGAAAGACAGCUCCGUCGAGAUUUUCUACUCAGACAUUAGACUGUGUAACGGCAUAUUGCCGGUGUUCUACCAGCCGUCGAACAACGUGACGGUGUUCCACACGGUGCUGAAAGGGUCGGGGAUCGAGCUUUCGGGAACGGUGAAGAACUCGUUGGUAGAGGCGCAGAAGCGAGGAGAAGUGCCGUUGGAUUUGAAAAUACGAGCUCCGGUGAAGAUUAAGGUGGGGUCCGUCAAGACGUGGAAGAUCACCGUUAAGGUGGACUGUGUCAUAACGGUUGAUAAGUUAACGGCGGACGCGAAGAUAGUGUCUAAUGAUUGUGACUAUGGUGUAGAUCUAUGGUAGAAAAUAGAGACUGUUGAUUAGUAUUUUUGUUGUUAUUUUCUUAUGUUUGUGGUCGUUUUAUAGAUAUCUCUAAACGAUUAGACAUUAUAAUAUACACAUUGUUUAGUCUC